CCCACCCCGUGCCAAACAGCGUAGGAUUGCCGUCUUCUCUUAUAUUGGGAAAAUCUCUGUUUGGGCUGUUAACGCAUCAUGUCUGUAUUUUUAAUGCCAGUGGCAGUUUUGAUUAGGUGAUUUAGGUUAUCAGAAUAUCCUACCAGUAGUUUUAUGUAGAGGGCCGUCUGCAAAUAUGCGCUACGGAAGGACAUUUCGGCAGGACAGGACAAUUCGCCAGAACACCGGCAGCCAUAUUUGAAAACGGAAAACGGAAAACAAUCCCAGUGGUACGCGGUCGCGUUUCUGUAGUCUUUAUUUAUGUUGUUUUGGAAGGUUUUCGAAGGACUGAGGGCGACUUGCUGUGUAGUUUUCCCAUUUUUGUUUUUGUUUUGGUAUGGCCUCCCUGCAGGAGCAGAUUAAAGCCGAGGAGGACCAUCCCUGCGCAGACGUGUUCACAGCAGUGAAGGAGGAGACUGAGAGUGUGAAUAUCAGCGGACAGACUGACAAAGACGCCGUUAAGGAAGAAGCAGAAACCGAGGACGUUAAAGAAGAGGGAGAAAACUGGACUCUGGAUGUAAACGACGAACCGAGUGCCGUCGAGAUUGGUAUGAGAGCAGAGAGUCCGUGUGAAAUCGAGGUGAAGUUGGAACCGGGCAGCGAGUCGGAGGAGAGCUUGGACAGAGAGCCUGUUCCUCGGAGUAAAGGGCGAAAAAGAGCACAUCCCCUGCAGCAACAGCAGCCGCCACAAAAUAGAGAAAUGGAGGAGCCGUCCACUCUUGUUGACUUCUUUCGGGAGAGGGGCAUAGCUGAGGACCUGAUCAAACGGAUGGAAAUGGACAAGAUUGAUAUCUCUGUGAUACCACUGAUGAGCGACAGUGAACUUCAACAGUACAUACCACACUAUGGAGACAGACUGGCCGUCGUAUCCUACUGCCUUAGUAACCAGCCAUAUCAAGGAACAUCCCAGCUUAUAGAGCCACCACCAUCGAGGCUUUUUGGGCCAAGAGAGGAUGUUUCAAAAAGGCACAUGGGCAACACGUACGCAAAAAAGAAAGCCAGGAGAGUGGAGCUUGGAUGGAUGAAUUACAAUGAGAAAGGUUGUAAUUUCAAACAAGUUCGCACUGCGAACGGAGGAGGGACCAAGCAUAUUAGUAUAAACAAACAAGCAAAAAUGUCUGAAGUUCGGAGAAUGGCAGAGAGAAUCUUCUUCCCGGCUGGAGCCUCCAGAUUUUUUUAUCUGAAGGAUGUUGAUUGUGAUAUCCGAGACUUCUCUCAUAGACGUCUUGAUGAAAACCUGACUGUAGGAGAUCUCUAUGAGGCCUAUAAGGUAAAAAUUCUGCGACUGUACCUCUUCACAAAAAAGCGAAGUGCAAAGAAUGUGCAAGGUCCCCAGGAUCUUUCUCUAGAAGGUGGCAGUAAUUAUAUGCAGCAGGAGAGCAAUGAUUUCAGCAUUGCAAUGCACAGCCAAACUUUCGAAAACCACCUUGACAGAGAGACUGAAAAUUCACACGGAACACAAGGACUCGAACACCCAUAUGAUGAAACCAUUUGGGAGGAUCAAAUCCAGGAGAAUGGUGCCGUUGUCAGUGCCAGAUGGAUGACAGAACUACACAACCAAGAUACUGUAUAUGAUGUAAGGACCAUUCCACAGACCAGUGACGUUUCGACAAAUACUGGAAAUUCUCAAUUUCAUGAUUACAAAGAUGAUGACAUUGGAACCGGAGCACAAAUUGUUCACCGUUUAGACGACACCCUUCCUUUUGAGGUAAAUUCAAAGGUCAUUGUUGAGGUACGAAGGGGAAAUUGUCUCAGUGAUAUGAUGGGUGCGUUCACUGACCCAACAAUUAUGGACAAGGAAGUCAGCAUUCAUAUGAAGCUCCCUAAUGGAGGGCUGGAGGUGGGAGUUGGAUCUGGAGUUUUCCGUGAUUGCCUCUCAGAAUUUUGGAGUGAAUUCUACAACAGAUGCACUCUAGGGUCUGAUGUUAAGGCUCCGUUCCUAAGGCAUGAAUUUCAAGUCACUGAGUGGCAAGCCAUCGCAAGGGUCCUUCUAAAAGGCUGGAUUGCUGAGAAAUAUUUCCCUAUUCAUCUCCCUUUGCCGUUUCUGGAAGAGACAUUGUAUGGCACUAUCUUCAGCAGUGUGUCUAAGGCCUUCAUGCUCUACAUUUCAAAGCAUGACCGGGAGGUCCUCCAGCAUGCACUGAACAACUUUGAGUCUGUCGAUCAAGACUCACUGCUGGAUAUUCUAGAUUCCUACGAAUGCCAUCGAAUGCCCACUGAAGAAAACCUUGGCCCACUCCUUACUCAGUUAGGCCACAAAGCCCUCAUUCAAAUGCCAAAAUUUGUUAUUGACUGUUGGAGGCCUGUUCUAAAGGAUCUGGCCAAAACAAUCUCCCCACAGAAGUUAACAGAGAUAAUUGAAGAAAGAGUUCCAUCACCUAAGAAGGUGAAUGCACUUCUGAAAUUUCCGGAAGACAUGAAUGUCCAACAAAAUACUGUAGCAAGGCAUCUCAAAAGGUACAUCAGGGAACUGGAUGACAGCAUCUUGCAACGCUUCCUUCGUUUCUGCACAGGGGCAGAUGUCAUUUUUGGAAAGCACAUUACAGUGCAGUUCAUCGAAAAAAAGGACUUUGAAUGUCGUCCACGAGCAAAUAUGUGUGGAUGCCUUCUCCUGUUGCCAAUAAGAUAUCAAAAUUACCCGGAUCUUCGGGGUGGCUUUAAUGCUGUUCUUAACAACUCAGUUUGGAUAAUGGAUAUUAUGUAAGCAAAGCGCUGUUUUUCCACAGGAGCUGUCAGCUCUUCAGUCUGCAAGAGCAGCACCUUUGUUCUUCAGUCCACGGGAGCCUUGUUUUUCCAGGCUUGAAAUUUUAUUUUAAAAUGCUGUCUCUUUUAAUUGUAUCAGUUCAACACUACAAGUCUGGCUUUUUUUAAAUUAUUUUUGUUAUUUUUUUCUGUUACUGUAUGUUGACAUUUUCCAUUCAUAUUCUGAGUGUAAACAUAUUUCAUGUUAGAAGUUAUGACAACCUUAACUUAUGGAACACCAACUGCAUUUCAACUUGCUGUAUUUGUCAGUUGCAGUAUUACCUCAGGCCUCUCUUGCUUAGGUUCUUAUCUCAAGCCUUAGCUUUUUCUGUAGAUACUUAAGUCAGGUGGAACAUUUACUCAAGAUAAGUAGUGUAUAAAAAUGUAAACAAAACGUCACACUAAUAGUUGCGACAGAAAACAUUAUACAAGUGAAACUUCUUGUUUUGUGAAAUUCAGUUUCAACUUUGAUCUAAUGCACUGUACAAUGUCAGUAUGUUUUCCAUGCAUUAAAUAUGUAAAGGUUAAAAUGAAUGCGUUGCUUUUUCUAUUAUAAGUUGUCCAGAUAAGAUAUACUCAUGUUCCUUUAAAUGCCAAUUUGUGGUGAUUUAAGAUACCACAAUCCCUUGAGAUAUUAAGCUAUGGGCAGAAGUUAGGAUCUCAUGGCUACAUCAUUGAUCUUGUGGUCAUUUUUUUAUUGCAUGGGUAUGACAUAAACAAGAACGUUUACCAUGCCACUUCUCCUUUUCCUUAGACCAGGAACAUUUAAGUAGUAUCCAAAAUAACCAGUGAACCUAACCUUUGGGUUACUAUUUUUCCUUGCAACACCUGGCAUAUACCUCUCCGCCAUGAGUGCAUUACACAUUAAACCACUGUAAAUUAGUUUGUUUUAUCUUAAAGAAUGUAAUAAUGCAGACAUUUUGAAGAAUCAUUGGAAUUCCCCUUUAAGAGUAUAGAGUAGAAAAAGUCUGCUGGACACCAGGAAAGACAUCUAACAAAUGUAGGGGAAAUGCUGCCUCUCUGACUAUGUGGUACCAUGCCUUGUUCCUCUGUUCUUUUGUUGCAUCAUUUAUAAGCACCUCUACUGUCCCAUAGUCAACAACUUGUGAUCUGCAAGCAAUUUCUUGAAGAACUCUGAUGAAAACUCCACCCCCACAGGCAGCCUGGCCACACAGCUGCUGUCCAUAUUGCUGUUAUGUUUCAUCUUUUGAAUGAAAACAAGCUGAGGACUGCACAAACUUAUUUCCACAAUGCUGUUUUGGCUGCAGUGCUGUUUUGGGUGCAAUUUUCUGCACUUUUAUGGGUUAGAUUCAUAAAAUUUACUGCCAGAUUUAAUGUGAUGUUAAAAGCUGAUAACAGAGUAACAUAUGUGGAUGCUUUUUUCCCAUUUUUUUGUCACUGCUUUUGACAAUGAAUAGUAGUUCUUGUUUCUUUUGACACCUCAUUGAUACGGUAUACAGUUAUUUUCCAUUGUUUACGUGUUCUUAGAAUCCAUACCUCUGAUUUUGACAUUCUUUUUUUUCUUUGAUGUGGCAUGCCCAUUUUGGCACCCAAAAAUGUCUUCACUGAGCACUGGUCAUUACUGUGUAUUACCUCAUUAACACAUUGAUUUUGAUUGGCUUUUACCUAGGGCAAAAAUAAAACUAAUGCAAAAUACUACCAGGGAAAGGAGAAACGUUAUGUAAAAAUACUGCAAUGUGAAGAUGUAAUGUUUAUUUCCUGUAUUUAUUUUUCUUCAACGUGUUUUUUGUGGUGUGUUUGGGGAGAAAAUUAGCAAUUAAUGUAAUUUAUAAUGUAUGUAAUUUUAUAAUUUCAAACUAAAGAUUAAAAUCCAGAUGUACAAAUGCAGACUGUGAAGAUCAAAUAAAAGUAAAAGGCAUGCAGCCCAUGUACAGAUUGGCCAUCCAAAAACAGCCUUAACCAGCUCAAGUUAUGUGGAACAAAAUUUAAUUUCCUGACCUUUUGAUCAAGUGAUGCUCUGCCUUUGUAAAUGCAUGGAGAACACUGAGCAGCAAUUUCUAACAUGGAUCACUUGGAUACAGAAGGAGGAUAAAGAAGCAUCGAAAAACUAGCAUGGGUUAAAAAUGAUUUCCUCAUUUUCGAUCCAACACUAUAAAUGGCUGCAGGCUACACCAACAGAUGAUCACGGCCAAGAGGAGCCUCAGUGACACCCUUUGGAUGCUGGUGGUGACUUUAGAGAAACAGCAGCCCCCUGAGAAAGAGAAGCCUACAACACUCAUACAGUGCAGAACGUCGUAUGAAGACUACACAAGGGAGGAAAUACUGUGUGCAUCUCGUGGCACUGAAAAGGAAAAAUGACGAUUUAUAAAUGCAGGGCAUGUGGUGUGCCACUCUGCAUUGUUGCUGACCGCCUAUGCUUUACAGAAUGGCAUGAUCUCUGACGUUCUCAAGCACAGCUCAUGGACUGAUGUUUAUACUGGUUUGUGCUUUUUAUAAGGCUAGAAUUGGAAAAGUGGACUGCAAUGUUAGUAGCGGUCUUCUGGAGCCACACGAUGAGAUUUGAUGCCAUUAUGAUAGAAGUCAAACUUGCAUUCAUUUUUCUAUUAAUACCAUCAGCACAUCCCUAUUGCAAAUACAGUCAUGUAAAUCAGAGAAGUUUAUUGUAGAAGUGUAAAGAACAAAAAAAAGGUAGAUUUGUUACAGUAUUACGCAAAUACUUGGUAACAUCUAACUUCUUGGUAGUUAACCAUGGGAGGGGAAAAGACUGAACUGAUGCAUACUUUGCAUACAAGAAACAAAAAAAAAUUGUUUUAUUUUAUUGUAUUUUUUCUUUUUUGCUGAAAUCACUCACUUGCAAAUUACAAAAAUAAAUUGUUGCAUCUAUUCCAAAUGAAAACAGAAUUAGAGUACAAAAAGCCAUAGUAUAAGCAUUGUAACCAAAGUAUCAUCCAGAAAAAUGCAGUUUCAUAAGCAUUGAUGCCACCACAGAAUAGACGUUUACAUUACAGGUCUUAGGCCUGGUAGAUGGGGAGGGGGAGUAUAUUGUUAUUAUAUAUAUAAAACAUAUUGUUGAAUAUAUGUUAUCCAAUCUUUUCAUUGCAUUUGUUUACUUGUUCAAGUAUUUGAACAAGUUGACAAAUUAGUGAAUGUUAAACCUUCCAUGUUUUUAGAUGUAAAGCACCCCAUGGACUUGGUUAAAUUAGUGAAGUUGUUAAAUUAGUUGAAGUUGUGGAAAUGACUGUGGAAACUGUGCCCUUGUUUACUCAUAACAAUGAAAAACAUUUCUUCUGUAGGGUUUAUUAAAAUGGGAUAAAAUGGAAACUGGAAAUUGUUAAAAUGGGAUGAAAUAAACUUGGGGGGUGCCCAUGUAUAGCCUAUGUGUGGGAAACACUCACUGCACUGUGUACUGAAUUUUUAAAUGGGAAAAGUGAUUUCUUUCAGGUAAGAUGUGGUUAAGAGUACUACAGGCAUGCCUGGAGUAUCGUUGCCUUUAUCAUGGUGCUGUCUGUUCUAAUAAUG